AUGGAAAUCAAUUAAUAAGACAUUAAAGAUACAUAAUAAAUAGUCGAAUUAAAAGUAGUUUAGUGGAACAAAGAUUCGCAUGGUUUAUUUGAUUAUGAAAGUAAAUCAGUUGAUUUAAAACAAAUAAAAAUAAAUUAAACAUGUUAAAUUUAUUAAUUAAAAAAUUCAUAAUUUUUAACAUAAAUUUAAAUAGAAAAAAUAAAUGAAAAAAUUUAUUCAUAUACAUUAAACCCAUUUUAUGAAGACACAUAUAAUAAAAUGCAUAGCAAUAAUAAAUUAGAAUAAUUUCUAAUAGUAAGAAGUUUAAAAAAUUAACAAAACUAAUAAAAAGGUUAUAGCUUAUAAAUUGAUGAUGUUGUAAAAUUUGGAAGAAUUGAAUAUUAAGUAAUAUAAAUGAGAACAGAAGAAAGCAAUAUUAUUUAAAAUCAAACGCCUUAUGAACAACUAGAUCUUAUAUCUAUAAAAAAUAGUAAUGAAAAUCCUAUAGUAUGUAAAAUAUGUUUAAGUGAAGAUUCAACUCCUGAUAAUUUUUUUACAAAUAUUUGUUAAUGCAAAGGAUCAUGUGAAUAUGCACAUUUCUAAUGUUUAAAACUAUGGAUUUAAUCUAAUUAAAAAUAUAAAUCAAACAAUAGUAUGAUAUAUAUUUAAUGGAAAAAAAAUAGAUGUGAGCUUUGUGGUACUGAAUAUCCUAAAUUUCUUAGACAUAAUAAUUAAAUGUACAGUUUAAUUAAUUUUGAUAUACCUGAUUGCAUUCCCUACAUUAUUCUUGAUUCUAUAGGAAACCACAAUAAAAUUUCUAAAAACAUAUUUAUUAUAUAAGUAUUAAACCCAGAAAUUGAAAUAAAAAUAGGUAGAGGUAAUUAAUGCUUAUUAAGAAUUGCAGAUAUAUCAGUUUCUCGAAUACAUUCUUCUAUAAAAUAUAAAGAUAAGUAGUUCAUAAUUUCUGAUAAUAAUAGUAAAUUCGGAACACUAAUAAGAUUGAAAAGUAGUUUGCAAAUAAGCAAUGAAAAAAAGCAAUUUAAAUUGGAAGAAUUGUUAUUACAUUUGCUCUUAAGAAAA